UGACUGCAUGAAAACCCUGCUGGAGGGAGACACCUACACUAUCAUGCUGAAUUCCCCUAAACAAGAUGGCGACUCCCUGGUCUGGAAAUGUGACAUCACCAUCAUUUACGAGCGGAGGAAUGGCACCGUUAAGGGCUCAGCAGAUGUGGACGACAGAGGCUCGCUCACGCUGAAGAACGUCACCACUGCAAUGGCCUGCACCUACCAGGCUCAGCACUGGAGCAAUAAGCCCUCUCAUCUGAAAUCUCUAACAACCAAGAUCUGCGUAGUCCCCAAGGUUCCGGUUCCAACGUUGACCGUGGUGUGUUCCUCAUCCGGUGAAGGAACCCUCCACUGUGAGCCUGGGGGAACCAAAGGGUUCUCCUCCCUCUCCUGGUUCCACAACAACAGAGAGAUGAAGGAGAAGGUUAACCCUUUCACCCCCACGCUGCAUGGAGCAAGUGACCAGUACAGGUGCAGGCUGACCAAUGAUAAGUCGAAGGAGGACGAGGAGGACAGCAAUGACGUCACCAUAUCGUGCUCAAAACCUGCAAAAUGCAAAGAGAAAGUGGAGGGAGACUCGCAUGUCAUUUCAGUGGAUUUGCCUUCGUCUGACAGCAGGUCGUCCUUAAUCUGGAAAUGCAAUGAGACCGUUAUCUAUUCCACCAAUGGGAGGGAGAGGGCUUCGUUCCCACUGAGCGUUGACAAGAACGGCGUUCUUCUCCUGACCAAGCUCAGUGCGGCCAUGUCAUGCACAUACACAGCUGAGUACGUCAUCGACAAGAGAACGGGCAGGAAAGCCACCAAGACAGAGGCACUCUGCGUGCUCCCCAGGGCUCCUGUUCCGAAGCUGACAGGGAAGUGUUCAGAUACAGGAAAGGUCUCCCUCCACUGUGAUCCCAAACCCCCCGCUGGCUUCAAGCUCUCCUGGCUCAUCAACAACAAGGAAGUCAACGACAGCAGUAACCCUUUCCUGCCCGGACCACAGCAAACAGGAGGGAAGGACUUUUACAGGUGCAGACUGAGCAGCAGCCUCAGUAGUGCUGAAAGCAACGCGGUCACCCAACCAUGCAAAUACACGAGUGAGUAA